UUUUACCCACCUCGGAAGGAUGGAAAGCUGAGUCAACCUUGAGCCUCAUGAGAUUUGAACUGCCAAAUGGCGGGCAGCCAGCAGUCAGCAGAAGUAGCCUGCAGUACUGCACUCGAACCACUACGCCACCACAGCUGUUGUACCACUCACAGUAUGACUAAAAUACCCUGGAAUUAAUUCUUUAGCUUGGUUACAUGCAUCAUGUAGCCAAAGGGUAAUAAAUAUGGACUUUAUCAUUCAAACAUAUUCAAUUUCAUAUUCCAACCAGCACUUGUAUUGUCUUAUAUAUAUAAAAAGUAAGAAGAAAUACUGUUUUAGAAUAUGUUUCCAAAUUUCCAGAAAGCUUUCUAUUAUUGAAAAAAAAAAGAUAAACUGAGAGCAGUUUUAAGUUGUUUUUGAAUUUUGGGGGGCGUGCUUUUGAAUUUCCUUUAUUGUUUCUAUGUAGCAGAGAGUGUUUUUUUUUCUCUUUUAUACACCUUUCCAUCAUGCUGAAAUCUUCCUGACUGGCCAUGUUUCUGAUCUGAAAAACACUCUUGAAUUUUUGGGAUUUAAAAACAUCACGGAAAAUCAGGGCCAUUGGGUAGAUCCCUGGAGAAACUAUGUUACUGAAAGAAACAGAACUUUCUCCCAUAUUCUUUAUCCCACUCAUAAGUUGGUAGCUCAAGAAUAUGACACCCACUGUUGAAAAUUUAACUUUAAUGCUCUUUUUCUUUGUUUUUGUUUAAAAAAAAAAGAAAUACAGAAAAGAAGAAAAGGCAUCAAUUUUGCAUCAUCCUCAUUGAAAGUGGUUAAAAAAUGGAGAAGCACAUCACUCUUUCCCAUCUACUCCUUGUCAUUGUUCAUCACAAGGUCACUUGGCAGGCAAUGGGAAACAUUUUCCCAAAGGAAAGUUGUUGUUUAUCCAAGUUGACAGUAUUGGGCUACAUAAUGGAUGCAUGAACUAUGGUGUGGAUGUGGCAUACAGCACCCAAAAGAGUUUUUGUGCAGACAUCAGUAUAGAGGACAGUCCCUGCCAGUUUUAAAUUAAUUAAAAUUGACUGUUGUGCUUCUAAGAAAAGAUUGAAGCGGAAGGAUGGGAUGAAGAUAUAUUUAUGGAUGGCGUUUAAGAAAAUACAAUUUUUAAUAAUUCAUUCUGAGUGUGUGAUCGUAAUUGCAUGUAAUCCCUAGUUAGUGAGAUGUUGAAUAGCAAGGCAUCCUCUUAAAUCCAGGUUUCAUAAUCUGUGUGUGAGCAUGCUUUGGUAAAACUGAACUUUAUUGCUGCUGUAAAAUAGCCAUCAAAGGAGUACAGUACCGUCCAUAUUGUUACCAGGGAAUGUUGCAUAUGGAAUGGGUUCAAUUGAAAAUUAAGAUUUGCUUAGUCUGCACUUUCUUUAUAUUGCUAAGGAUAUGUGAACUCCUCAAUUGACCAAAGUAGUGCCGGGCAGUGGAAUAACCGGGAUAAAGGUCCCUGGAUUUUAUGGAGUGGGGUUGAUGAAUACAAAGAGGAUAUUGACUAAGCUUGUUUAUGAAUGAAAAUGCUAAAAAGUGAAAUUUGCUCCUGUUGGAACUUCUGCUGCUAAAAUACCAGCCAGAUCAGCAACUGCAACAUCAUGAGCAAGGAUACAAACUCUCUGUCUGUCAGAAGUAAAAGUGCAUCAGAAGAAACACUGUACCAUCAAAAUGAAGAAGAAAUGAUUCUCCAAGGAACAGACCAGUAUCGUGUUAGGAGGUUGUCCUGUCGUAACCUCCAGCUUCCUCCUUUGGCAUUUAGACAACUGGAGCAGGUAGACUGGGAGAAAAAGACUGAUCCAGAGAUGCCGCAGAGGCCCACCAACCUUCCACUGAGAGCUCUCCCUCUAAUUGCUAUUACUGCUGCUGACACCGUCAGUUUCGACGUAGACAAUGGCACCUCAUCGGGACGGAGUCCCUUGGAUCCCAUGACAAGCCCUGGAUCAGGGCUAAUUCUCCAGGCAAAUUUUGUUCACAGUCAACGCAGAGAAUCCUUUCUCUACCGAUCAGAUAGCGACUAUGACCUGUCGCCAAAGUCUAUGUCCAGGAAUUCCUCUAUUGCCAGUGAUAUACAUGGAGAUGACUUGAUUGUGACACCGUUUGCUCAGGUGCUUGCCAGUUUACGUACUGUACGGAACAAUUUUGCUGCAUUAACCAACCUUCAGGAUCGAGCACCUAGCAAACGGUCACCAAUGUGUAACCAACCAUCUAUCAACAAAGCAACCAUAACAGAGGAGGCCUACCAAAAACUGGCCAGCGAGACCCUGGAGGAGCUGGACUGGUGCCUGGACCAGCUGGAAACCUUGCAGACUAGGCACUCCGUCAGUGAAAUGGCCUCGAAUAAGUUUAAAAGAAUGCUCAAUCGAGAGCUAACCCACUUAUCUGAAAUGAGCCGAUCAGGCAAUCAAGUCUCUGAAUAUAUAUCCAACACAUUUUUGGACAAGCAGCAUGAAGUGGAAAUCCCAUCUCCAACACAGAAAGAAAAAGAGAAAAAGAAACGGCCUAUGUCUCAAAUCAGUGGAGUAAAAAAGUUGACGCACAGUUCCAGCUUAACAAAUUCCAGCAUCCCCAAAUUUGGAGUCAAAACAGAUCAAGAAGAUAUUCUAGCCAAGGAGCUAGAAGAUGUAAAUAAAUGGGGCCUCCAAGUGUUUAAAAUAGCCUCAUUAUCUGGGAACCGUCCUUUGACAGUCAUCAUGUAUACAAUCUUUCAGGAACGGGAUUUGCUGAAAACAUUUAAAAUUCCACCAGACAUGUUAAUAACCUACUUGAUGACGCUGGAGGACCAUUAUCAUGCAGAUGUGGCAUAUCACAACAAUAUACAUGCUGCUGAUGUUGUACAAUCAACACAUGUGCUUUUGUCAACCCCAGCUUUGGAGGCUGUUUUCACAGACUUGGAGAUUCUAGCUGCUAUUUUUGCCAGUGCAAUACAUGAUGUUGACCAUCCUGGGGUUUCAAACCAAUUUCUUAUCAAUACAAACUCUGAACUUGCCUUGAUGUAUAAUGAUUCAUCGGUCCUGGAAAACCAUCAUCUGGCUGUUGGAUUCAAAUUAUUACAGGAGGAGAAUUGUGACAUUUUCCAGAACUUGACAAAAAAGCAGAAGCAAUCAUUGAGAAAGAUGGUCAUUGACAUUGUGCUUGCCACAGACAUGUCUAAGCAUAUGAAUCUGUUGGCUGAUUUGAAAACAAUGGUUGAAACCAAGAAAGUAACUAGUUCUGGAGUUCUACUUCUUGAUAACUAUUCAGACAGGAUUCAGGUUCUACAAAAUAUGGUACACUGUGCAGAUCUAAGUAACCCAACAAAGCCACUCCAGUUAUAUCGCCAAUGGACAGAUAGAAUAAUGGAAGAGUUCUUUCGUCAGGGAGAUCGAGAAAGAGAAAGAGGCAUGGAAAUAAGUCCCAUGUGUGAUAAACACAACGCAUCUGUAGAAAAAUCACAGGUGGGCUUUAUAGACUACAUUGUUCACCCUCUCUGGGAGACCUGGGCAGACCUUGUCCACCCAGAUGCCCAAGACAUCUUAGAUACAUUGGAGGACAAUCGCGAAUGGUACCAGAGCACAAUCCCUCAGAGUCCUUCUCCUGCACCAGAUGACCAAGAGGAGGGUAGACAAGGACAAACUGAAAAAUUUCAGUUUGAACUAACCUUGGAAGAAGAUGGUGAAUCAGACACAGAGAAGGACAGUGGAAGUCAAGUGGAAGAAGAUACCAGCUGCAGUGACUCCAAGACACUUUGCACCCAAGACUCAGAGUCCACAGAAAUUCCACUUGAUGAGCAAGUGGGAGAAGAGGUGGUAGAAGAGGAGGAAGAGGAGAAUCAGUCAGAACCUUGUGUGCUAGAAGAACGGUCUCCUGACACGUAACAGUAUGCUAAGUGCAUAGCUCUCUAUACUCUCUCCUUUUCUGUUUUUAAAAGCUGAAAAUGGUUUCCAAAGUGCAUAUCAUAUGGCACAACCAUGAUCAUGCCUCACUGUCAUCUGCCAGAGUUGUUUGUUGAUCAAAAACUUAGUUCGGCACUCAGGAUUAGUGUGACCAGAAUUGUUCAUCUCCAUGGCACCAGAGAAUGAAGGAAAACAUCUGCAAAGAACAGUUGAAUUAAGAGUUCAAUUUGGCUGACAUGAUGAGAGACUGACAGUACUCACAGCUGUUUUUCAAAAGGAGUAAAGGCUGGUCCAAAGCUAACGUGAGUGUGUGUGUGAGAUUAUAUGUGUGUUUUGUAUUAGGUUUUAAUUUCAUGAGGAGGCAAUUAGUAACAUACGAUUAAUGAUUAACACCAGAAUCUAAAGAACGUGACCAGCAAAUGAAUCAAGUUGUCUUGUGGAAAAUAAAUGUAUUCAAAUAUCGGGAUACAACAUGAAUCAGUAGGAAGAUGAAGCUGUGGAAAUCACAUACUUUUCUAAUUUCAAGUCUUCCUGACACAUGACUGAAAAAGGUGCAGCUUAAUGGUUGCACUGAAGUCUGCAUUUUGUAUCAUAUGUAAAACAGAAAUCUUUUUGUAGAGUUUACUUUUAUUAUUAAAUGUGUUGGGUUAUUAUAUUUAAAAGAAUGCAGCACCCUCUGAAUUUCAUCUGCCAGUGGCUUUUUCUUCCUCCCUCUUCUCCUAUCCCUAAAAAAGAGUAACUUGCAAGUUUUCAGUACAUGUAUAUGCUACACUGGAUAAAUUUUAUAUUUGUUUGCACUUAGAUUUUCAUAGCAAUUCCUUCAACUGUUAUAAAAUAGCCUUUUGUUUUAUAGACCAAUGAUACAUAUAUGAUGCUCUGUUAAUUCUCUCUCACCCACCUACCUACCCAGUCUCCUAUUGUGGGAAAACACUUUGUUUUCUGUCUUUUUUCUUUGUAAAUGUCCAAAAGCAGCAAUAUAUUAUCUGCUAUGAGCUCUUUGGCCUCCCAGAUAGCUUAGUCCUGCAGAUCCAAGGUUUAUGGUUGUGGGUUAAUUUCCCUCAACCAAAACAAUUAUUUUUGAAAUCUAGUGGAACACUAGAGUAGCAGUUCCCCAACAUUUGGGUUGCAACAAUUGAGGGGUGGCAGGAAUUUGGACCAUUAGGAUUCAAUCUUCCUAUAGUAGAUGCAUUGGGGUUCAGAAGGUUGAAGUGACAAAUCAUAGUGCAAGGAAACUUGACAAUGCUCUAAAACAAAAUUAUUGGAUACUCAUAGUAUGAAUAAAUUUGGAUCUGAGGUUUUCAGAUCUAUGGCCAGUAUAAGUGUGACUUUCCUGUUAUAUAUACAAAUGUUUUAUUUGCUAACUGAAUAUUUCCUUUUCCAUGAGACAGAUUAGUGGAGUGAACAGUAGCAUUGUAGUAGUCGUUUGCCCCAAUGACUUAGUAGACCAACAAAUAAAUACUUUGGUUGGGGGCAUGUGGACAACUGUUAUUGUACAGUACUUCAGAUUGCAGUUGGGCAAACAGGUCAGGAAUAAACUGUUUCUAAGGAAUUUUUUGUUACAUCAAAAACUUUUUGAGAGGGUUUGUGCUGUUGUGAGGAAAAAAAGCACUGCAGAGCAAACUGUAGACUGCCAUCCAUUGUAGAAUGAUAUGCCAUUAUGGCUGUUAAUUAAAAUGGGAUUUGCAUAUCUAAUUUUAAAUUUGGCUGUAGAAUACAGCUGUAAUAAUCUAUAGAAAAUCUAUGCAGAGUAGCAGACAUUAAUGCAGAUUGAUGUCUGUGAGGAUUGAAAUGGGCCAUUCCUCAUCCAACCUGUGCUGCCUUUCUCUUGCCAGAUGCAUUAGUGGGCACAUAUUCAUGCUGCUUUAUCAACAUGGUACAGUUCCUUGACCACAUAAAUCCUCUAUCUUUAACCUACAUUUGCAUAAAACAGCUCCUCACUGUAUGGAAAAGCUUUGCACAGAGUUAUUGUAAUCCCAGUAUCGAAGCAACUUUGUUGGACUGGGUUUGAAUCAGGAGUCUUUGUUUUGCUGCAAUGAAAAGAAAAAUAGGAUUGGAUUGGAUCGAGCCUAAAUUAAUAAGGCUUUAGUCUCAUUGUAAUCAAUGGAACUAUUCCUCCAUUUAUUUAGAAUUAAGACUUGUUUUGUAUAUCAAGUUCUUACGAUAAGCACUGACUAAUGAGGAUUUUUGAAAACUGUUUUAAUAUGUUGACUCUUUCUUAGUUCUUAAUGCCUUUUGUUAAAAAAAAAUACCAACUAGGGAAAUGAAUGGAAGAAUGUCAUCAAAUUGCUGUUAGUAUAAAUUCAUGGCCUCUCCUUCACUACUUUGACAUUUGUACAGUCCCCAAGAGUGCCUGGAAUUUUAAUGAAAAAAAAAGCAAUAUAAAUUCCAAAAAUCUAAGUGGACAUAGAAGGGUAUUUUUUCUGCACUAAUAGUUUAAUCAAUAAGGUGGAGUGCUCUCUGGCUUGAGCCAGCAAGUUCUGAGGAAAGAACUGUUAAAUACAUAAAUAUCUUAGCUUUUUAACAAGAUUUCCCAAAUAUUAAUUUCAAGGAAGUUUCAUUCAUUGCUGGAUCUUGUUAGAGUGCACACUGUAAGAUUAAACUUUCAAAGAAAAUGGGAGUCUGUAUUGUGUAUUGUGUAAAAAUACACCCAUACACAUGGACAAUCAAAUGACAGAAAGCAUAAUAAUUUUUAGAGCCAGGGAUUGAAUGCACUGUACAAUCUUUUCUGUUUUGUUUUGUUCUUAUUUUGCCUGAAGUGUGUGAAAGCACACACAUGGCUGAAAAACAUAUUAAAAGGUGACUUUACAUGUGCUCUCUGUUUUUGCCACAAGUAAAAUGCAAAGCAUUGGUACAGUUUUGAAAAGGAGGGUGGGAGAAUGGGGAAAAGGUGAGAGGAAUAUGAGUUUGCAUUUAUACUUUAGCUUGCAAGUUACUGUUCUUGGUAAUGUUGUGUCUGUUCCUUUUGAUUUCUGAUUUCAUGUCAUUGUUUCAAAAAAAUGUGAUCAGAUAAUAUAGGUAGAACAAAUCACAUUCAAAAGCUUUUUUUAAAAAAAACUUGAGAAUGAAAUGAAUUUUACAACAUCGUCAUUUAUUUUACAAUGCAUUUAUUUAUUUUUUAUUUGUGCCAUGCAUAUUUUUUUCUCACCAAAUGACCUUACUUGUAAUAAGUCUUGUUUGUCUCUGUUUACAGCUAUGUAUUUAUUGUAAUGUAUAUAAUGUAAUGUUAAUUGUAAAUUAUAAGUUCUUAUUAUAACAUCAUCCUUGCUGGGAUGGUGUUGUUACAUUUGGAAACUCUUGGUGAGAGAAUUAUUAUUGUGUAUACAUCCCCUUGUACAUUUUUUCCCGUCGUGUAAUAUAUCCUAUAUCACUUUAGAGUUUGUUUAUGGAAGAGUUGAGAAAAAUGAUAAAAUACAUAGAUAUAUAAAUUAAAAGCUGCAGGUCUUUGGUCCCAGGGCUGUGCCUUAACUUUAAACAAUUUUUUUUCUUCUGUUUUGCUGCAUUUGGAAGAAAGGUCGUAGCAAACAUGGGCUGGGCGUAUCUCUAAUAUGCUUUUUUAUAAAGAGACUCCAGUUCUGUCCCAUAUAGGAAUGUUCUCUUUUCCACUAUCUAGGAUCCACUGAAGCUGAGUUUCGGGGAGAAGGUUUCUUUUUUUAAAAAAAAAAACGGGGGGUAAGAUGGCAAGAGACUGUGCAACUGAUACUGCCAUCCUGACUCCUUUUGAGACACCGUGUGGAUGCCCCUGCCAGCCUCUGACCUCCUUUUGGAUAAAUGCCUUCUCUCUAAAGGAAUAUACAUUCCCCUUCAAAGCAUUUCUUGAGGGAUUCUUUACCUUUCUUAGAGAAAGUAAAGGAGAAAAAAAAUGCUACCGACACUUAAUCAACAAGAAUGAGCACUAAUUAAUGGCAGCUACUGCUCUCAACCCCACUGAAACAAGGCAGUCACUUUCUGUCCAUACCAAGGCAAUUCAUAUAGGCAGAUUAUACCCAUUAGCUUUAAUACAGUGGCUCUCCAGAUUAGACCAGUAUUGAUAUUGCGCUGUAAAACAGGACCUAUUCCCUCCAGUAAGGCUUUCAGGCAGCCAAAGCUUACUUCUGUAUGAAUGAAUGUGCAGAAGAAUGUCUGUAGCUUUUCCACAUCAUUGAAACACUACCGUUCAUUUUAGACAAAAUCAUCAAUGGCCUGAAAUACGUCUCGCUGCUACUCUUGGACAUGAAGCUUCGUAGUUCAGAUACCUCAGCUCCAUUCCACCCGUGCCCAGCCCAUGUAGCAUGUGAUUGCUUGGUGAAAGGAGAGAUUCUUUUUCAAGAAAAACAGAGCCACCUCCUUGACACAAACUGUAGAUUUUAGCAGCCCUGGCCCAAAGGAAUACGAUUGCUUUUGUUUUACACAAUAUAAAAGGGACACUAUUACAACAGAAUUCCUGAACAAUAUUUUUGUUGUUUUCAAUUGGUUUUGUUUCCUUUGGGUAUGUCUUUAGAAUGACAGAGAAUGCGAACAUUGCAAAUAAUUCAAUGGUUUCUUAGCCUCUCUUACAGCCUAUGGAAUAGUACUGUAUGUCAGAUACCUUCAUAUGAAAUUUUUAUAUGCAAUGGAAAUAAAAGCAUGGGUUGAUUCUG